AACAUAUUUUAAGAUCUGUUUUCUACGGAUUUCUCACGUCACUCUUUGUGACAGUGAAACGUUGAACUCUAUCAAUGCAUUUAAAGCACCUUAUAAUAACAUUUCCGCUUUUGAUUAGAUCACGUUUCACACAAUCGAGGGGUAAUUUGCUAAAACAAAAUGACGUCUCAAAUCAGUCGAGCUAGCUAGUUCGCCAGCUAUCAGUGCUUGAUACUACCCGUCGUGCACAGUGCAUACAUUGUCAAGCAGUAUCUAAUUUCUGCAUGAGUAUGAAUCAGAAGCUGUUAGCAUUAGCAAAAGCUUGCAAAGUUCAGAGCCCCGUACAAGGGCUGGUGAGAUGCAGCCCAUAACAUCACCUGGCAGUGGAAGCACUUUGAAGUCCGCCAGUUGGGAGUCAACAGCUGAUAAAGACGCACAGGAGUUGACAAAACAUCAGAUGCCUGCGGUCCCUCAGGCUACAGGGACUUUACAGUGUGGGGAUGACUGUCUGCUGGACUGCAUUCUGGGCCGAAGGCUUGGUUCAAGGCAACUUGGUUUUGCAAACCGGACUUUGCUGAAGGUGUUGCUUUGGCUGGUUCUGCUUGGGCUGUUCGCUGAGCUGGCCUUCGGGUUGCCUUUCUUCCUAAUCUCCCUCUUCUACUGGCUGUACCAGGGGCUGCGGAGCCCAGCUAAACGUCAACCUGGAGAACUGAGCGCUUACUCAGUAUUCAACCCUGACUGUCAGCCUCUCAUGGGCACCCUCACAGCAGAGCAGUUGGACUGUGAAAUGGGAAUACUUCAGCUAACCAUGUAAAGGAAUAGCUACAGAUUGUAACACCAGAUAAUGUGAUUUAAACCCCCCAAAUUGGUAUCCAUUAUACUGGGAGUUACAGGUUGGUACUGCACUGAAUUUUCAACCAACCUUUGAGGCUGCCUCCAGCCUCGAUUCGUGGAAACGGGAGUCUCGUAAAAUGACCUUGUCCAGUUGCAGGGUGUCCCUUUGAAUUUCUAAAAUACUUUAAUUUUUUUGCUCUAUGAAGUAAUCCAACAAUAAUAUAUAAUAAUAAUAAUAAAUGCCAUUUAGCAGACGCUUUUAUCCAAAGCGACUUAGUCAUGUGUGCAUACAUUCUACGUAUGGGUGGUCCCGGGAAUCGAACCCACUACCCUGGCGUUACAAGCGCCAUGCUCUACCAACUGAGCUACAGAAGGACCAACAAUGUGUACGCCGCCAUCUUGUCUAUUUCAAGUUCUCUCAUUGACCAAGACCGGUGUCUGUCAUGACAUGCAGCACUUUGGGGUGGACAAACCCACCUGUCUCGAUCAAUGAGAGAAGACUUGAAAUAGACAAGAUGGCAACAUACACAUAGUUGGAUUACUUCAUGGAGCAAAAUGUUUAUUUUAAUAACGGUGCAUUUUCUUAAUUCAAAGGGACCCCCUGUAACUGGACAAGGACAUUGAGACUUUUCCACAAAUCGAGGACCGUAUCGCCAAGCUAAAUUCUGUGUUACACCAAACAGUACCUAACCUGUAACUCCCAGUAUAAUGGAUACUACAUUUUUUUGGGUUAAAUCACAUUUUCUGGAGUUACAAUAUGUAGCUAGUUAAGGAACUUUUUGAAAUGUGAGCGAGAUGUGAUUUCUGUUAAUUAUCUUAUUUAUGAUGCUUAGAUGCCUUCGACUCUUUCAAUGAACGAAACACUAGUAUUGGUUGUGAUGUAAAACUGCUUGUUAAUUCCAUUAAAAUUACUACAUCUCACUA